CAACCACAACUUACGUUUUCUACGUAUUUGACGUUCUACAGUGUUAUUGUUACGUUAUUCCAGUGCAAAAUGUGUAAAAAUACUUGCCAAUACAUUUAAAAUUGCACCAAUAGAGCGGUGUUUCGAACAUGUGUAUAGGUUAUGUUGUUAUUGCCAAGUUGAACUGUCAGAAACUGAAGUGAUAAGAACAAAAACAUGGACAAUUCUUUGAGAAGCGGCCUACAUAGGCGGCAUUUUAUAAGCAACCAUGUGGAUGACAUUCCGAUGGACACUAUACGCUUGGUGUCUCCCAUAAACAGGUUCGCCAUAUUGCAGGGCAAUUUCAGCACUGAUGAGAAUGAUUACCCGGAAAAGCCCUACAAAUUGAGGACUAAAGUAAUAAUAUCGGUACUAGUCAUUUUAGUAUUGGUAUCAGCGUUAAGCGGGUACCUGAUAGGCAAAGCGGACUACAACGCGUGGAGACUCGCUGAGCCAGCGGAUCCGGUGCAUCCUCUGCCGCCGUCUCCAUCAUGGUUGCAUGUGUUCAAGAGAGCAGCUGUGUGCACAGAUGCGCCUCACUGCUCGGAGAUAGGAAGACACAUCCUAUCCAUAAACGGAUCCGCAGUAGACGCUACCAUCGCCGCCAUGUUCUGCAACGGUCUGCACAACCAGCAGAGCAUGGGCCUCGGAGGAGGGUUCUUCAUGACGGUCUACGUCAAGGAGGAGGAGAAGGCCUACACGAUCAUCGCGAGGGAGAAAGCACCAGCCGCAGCUUCUAAGGACAUGUACAAUGGGAACUUCGACAAAGCUUCCAAAGGUCCUCUAUCUGUCGGCGUUCCCGGAGAGCUGCGAGGCAUGUGGGCGGCGCACAAGCGGUGGGGCAAGCUGCCUUGGGAGAGCCUGGUGAAGCCUACUCUGGAGUUCUGUCAAUACGGCUUCACCAUGUCGAAAGCCUUGUACGACGGCUUGGAGACCGCUCCGUAUGUGAAAAAUGAUCCUCAUUUGAGGAAAAUGUACUACGACACAUCGAAGGACAAGUUCUUCAAGGCUGGCACGCUGAUAAAGCCUACGGAGGCUUUCUGCAACACGCUCAAAAUCAUCGCCGAGAAAGGUGGUGACGUGCUUUACAACGGGACCCUUGCUGUCGACUUCUUAGAGGACUUGAACAGAGUGGGGAGCAUCAUCACGGCAGAAGACCUCAGAGAUUACCAGCCAAAAAUCACAGACCCAAUAGCAGUUCCACUGAGCAACGGCGACAUCCUCUACACUCCGCCCCCUCCAAGCAGCGGGGCGGUCGUGGUGAACAUACUAAACAUCCUCAGCGGAUACAACUUCACUGAGGAGAGCAUCAACGGCACGGAGAACAAAAUCCUGACGUACCACAGAAUAUUAGAAGCCUUCAAAUACGCAUACGCGGCAAGGACUAAGCUGGGUGAUGAAGAUUUUUUGGAUUUGAACGAGUUCCUACAAAACUUAACAUCGCCUGAAUACGGUAUGGAGAUCCGACUCAAGAUCAACGACUCGUCGACCAGCAACGACACCAGUCACUACGGCAUCGUAGAAUACAGCAAGGAGGAUUCCGGCACCGCGCACAUCUCCGUCAUCGCCGACAACGGGGACGCGGUCUCCAUGACCAGCUCCAUCAACUUUUACUUCGGAGCAGGCUUCACAACGCUCAACACGGGCAUUGUCAUGAACAAUGUGAUGGACGAUUUCUCCUCCCCCGGCUUGACCAACUACUUCGGCGUGAAGCCUUCGCCAGCCAACUUCAUAGCUCCUGGGAAGAGGCCCUUGUCCUCGAUGUCUCCAAGCAUCAUCGUGGACAGGAAUACCAACGCUAAACUGAUUAUUGGAGCCUCUGGUGGGACUAAAAUUGUCAGUGCUAUUGCUUUGGUAACAAUGCGCAAGUUAUGGCUCGGACAGACCAUCAAACAAGCUGUGGACGAAGCUCGCAUUCACCAUCAGAUCUACCCCAUGAACGCCCAAUACGAAUAUGGAAUUACUGAAGACAUAUUACAAGGUCUGCGUGCGAAAGGACACGGCAUGGAGCGGUAUCGGGGCAGAGGGUCAAUCAUAUGCGCCCUGUAUCGUAACAAAACUGCCAUCUAUGCUAAUGCAGACUUUAGGAAAGGUGGCGAUGUUGCUGGGAUGGAUUAAUAGUAGACAUUUUUCGGAAUUAAGGAACAGUUGAUCCGAUAUGAACUCAAGAAUAUAACACCUCAUUUAUGGUUAAGAUGACCAUCAAAAAUGCAAACGCUUUAUAUAAUAUUUGUACAUAAAUACCUAUUUUUCUUUUUUAAAUUGUUCAACUCCUACUCUUAUGUUGUAUUCUUGCCUCAUGCGUCAUAUCAAUUUAAUUACUGCUUGAAAAGUAUUGAUUAGUUCAAUUGUAAAUACUUAUAUGUAUUUACAUACCUAUUGAAAAUUUGAUAAAUAAUAAUAACUAACGGCCUGUACAUAAUAAAGCUUUAAUUAGUAUUGGAAUCUCUGUGCAAGUCACAAAUAUAAAAAAUAAAAUAACAAAAUGCACAAAUAAUACCUAUAUUAUUGUUUUAAAAAAACUGAAUAAGCAGGUAACUGAUAUAAUAAGAUAAAUCUUUAGAAACACAAAUACGAUUAUCUACGAUUUCCUGCUCAAUUAAUUUAUUAAUUAAUAUUAAUGAAGUUAACUAAUCUCUAUAGUCUAUUUUAUUUUUAAUUUAAUCAAGUUUUACAAAAACUUGUAAAUAACUAACGAUACACAACAUUAACGCAAAACACGGAUAGUAUUUAUAUUCUUCUAGAUCCAUAUGAAGUACUACCAAAACAAUUUUUAUUACCUACAUUAUUUUACGCAAUUACUCGUAUUUUGACUACAUUUAUAUGAAUGUUAUAAUGUUAUGAGCUUCUAAAGUCCUAGUACUUUUGUUUUAUUACAGGAGUAUCAAUGCGAAUUUUAAUUUUUUUUUUUUUUAUUCUUUACAAGUUAGCCCUUGACUACAAUCUCACCUGAUGGUAAGUGAUGAUGCAGUCUAAGAUGGAAGCGGGCUAACUUGUUAGGAGGAGGAUGAAAAUCCACACCCCUUUCGGUUUCUACACGGCAUCGUACCGGAACGCUAAAUCGCUUGGCGGUACGUCUUUGCCGGUAGGGUGGUAACUAGCCACGGCCGAAGCCUCCCACCAGCCAGACCUGGACAAAUUAAGAAAAUCUCAAUCUGCCCAGCCGGGGAUCGAACCCAGGACCUCCGUCUUGUAUAUCCACCGCGCAUACCAUUGCGCUACGGAGGCCGUCAAAAUAUUAAGACAACCUAUAAGCGUUAUAUAGACGUAUUUAUGUAUUAAAUAUUAUACAGAUUUACGCAACAAUAAUGUUUUAAAACAAUUUGCAUAUAUAAACACCCGUCUACAGCCAAUAAUUCACACUUUAUUGUAUUUGUAAUGUACAGUGUAAGUUCCAUCAGAUAGAGCAUUUUGAAUACGGGUGUUAAGAGUUGGAAGCUAAGCUAAAACUCUAGAAGUAGCAGGGUCUUUAUUUUUAAAUAAGAGUCACUUAUUUAUAAAUAUUAUGUAAAUUCUUCAUUCUAUGUUCUGUCUAUCCUAUUCUAUCUGGUAAAGGUACGCAAAUGGCAAUUUUAUUUGCCUGUUUGGCUAAUUUAUUUUAUUUAGAAAAGUUUAUUUUUGGUAAAUAUAAGUACUAUUAACAUUCGAGAAAAAUUUAUUAGAUAUGUAUGUCUUUGUGAAAUUGUAUUAAGGACUUAGGGCUAAGCCUCAUAAUAACCCACCCAAUUUACACCCCGAGUACGACCCUGCUAAAUAAGUAUUAUUUAUUAGUUUUUUUUUCUUUUUUCAUUUUCUGAAGUUAAUUAAUUAUCCUAUUACAUUCCUUGACGGCAUUUAAAUUAUACGAAUACUUUAUAGUACAA